UCCCACUAAAAAAUUUCUUUACAUACUCUUUUUCUUUUUUACUUCAAUUACUUCAGCAGAGAAAUGAAAAUUUUGAAAUCUCAAAACUGAAAAAGAAAAAAAAUGCCUUUGCAGUUUUUUCUCACUCAAUCAAGAACACCAUAUUUUUCUCCAUUUCCUUCUCAAGAAUUUCGCAAGCUUCGAUUCUCUGAAAGACAGUCUCCAAAUCCCAGAUUCCGAUUCAAGGCAUCAAGCGGUCAGAGAUGGAAAUUAAACGACAUCGAUGCAGAUGCUGUUCAACAAAGGUUAAACUUAUGGCUUCUGAAGACGCAAAACUUCUUGAGUGAAGUUGCUGCCCCUCUAGUAAAGACUGGGCAGGGACGGAAGCCUGAUCUUGAAAAUGCACUUGAUAACAUGGAAAUCGAAGAACUCUUUGUGGCGCAGCAGCAGACAAUUGAGAGUAGAACACCAAAUGGGAAUCUUUCCUCAGCUGCUAUUAUUUCAAUUGAGCAAUUCAGCAGGAUGAAUGGAUUGACUGGGAAGAAAAUGCAGAAAAUAUUUGAAACACUUGCUCCUGAACCCAUUCGUAGUGAUGCCCGCAACUUGGUGGAGUAUUGCUGCUUUAGGUACUUGUCGAGGGAUAGUUCUGAUAUUCACCCUUGCUUGAAGGAAACUGCAUUCCAAAGACUUGUUUUCAUAACCAUGCUUGCAUGGGAGCAUCCCUACCGUGAAGAUGGUGAUUCACAUGUUCUCAACUCAGAGAAUUCUUCUUUGCAGAGGAAACUUGUCAGUGAAGAUGCUUUUGUUCGUAUUGCUCCGGCAAUUCCUGGUGUAGCUGAUAGAUCAACAGUGCACCAUCUUUUCAAGGCUCUCAUUGGAGAAGAAAAUGGGAUCUCUUUAAGCUUGUGGACUGCAUACAUUGCUGAACUUUUCAAGGUACACGAAGGAAGGAAGUCAUAUCAGAUUCGAGAAAGUGCCAAGCUUUUCAAUGAGCAAAUUUUAUGCAUAGGUUCUAGUAGGAAGCGACCUGUUCUGAAAUGGGAUAAUAACAUCGCCUGGCCUGGAAAACUCACUUUGACAGAUAAUGCACUCUAUUUUGAGGCAAUAGACCUGAAAGGUCACAAGGAACCUAUAAGACUGGAUCUUACGAGACAUGGUUCGCGGGUGAAAAAGACAAAAGUCGGACCUUUGGGAUAUGCAUUUCUUGACUCAGCUGUCUCUGUUUCGUCUGGUCUCAAGUCAGAGACUUGGGUGCUGGAAUUUGUAGACUUUGGUGGUGAAAUGAGAAGAGAUGUUUGGCAUGCUUUUAUUAGUGAAGUUAUUUCUUUGUAUGAGUUCAUACGUGAAUAUGGGCCAGAUGAUGAUGACCCAUCAAUACGUGAUGUAUAUGGUGCUCAUGAGGGAAAGCCAAGAGCUAUUACAUGUGCUGCCAACAGCAUUGCAAGGGUACAAUCUCUUCAGUCUAUCCGGAGAUUAUCAGAGGAUCCAGCAAAGCUUGUGCAGUUCUCAUAUUUGCGAAGUGCACCACAUGGGGAUGUUGUUUACCAGACUCUGGCUUUAAAUUUUUGGGGUGGGCCAUUGAUCACAAAGUUUAGGAAGGUGGACCCCCAACCAACUGAAGGGGCGAGGUCUUCAGAAGAGCUUUCAAGCACUAGUAUUCAUGUGUUUGACAUAGAUGGAAGUGUGUACUUGCGCAAGUGGAUGAAAUCUCCAUCUUGGGCAUCUAGUGCAGCUACUGCCUUUUGGAAGAAUGCUUCAGUAAGGCAAGGGGUAAUUUUAAGUAAAAAUCUGGUUGUGGCUGAUAUGAAUCUUAUAGAAAGGGCAGCACUAGCUUGCAAAGAGAGAAGUCAGAUGGUGGAGAAGACCCAAGCUACAAUUGAUGCCGCAAUGCUCAAAGGGAUUCCGAGUAACAUCGACCUUUUCAAGGAACUUAUGCUUCCUUUUUGGGUUGCUGCCAAGAAUUUCGACAAACUCAGGCGUUGGGAGGAGCCACAUUUGACUGUUUCUUUUCUUGCUUUUGCCUACACUCUAAUUUUCCGAAACUUGCUGUCAUAUGUAUUCCCGUUGGCUUUGAUGAUGAUGGCAGCAUCGCUGCUAUUAUUGAAGGGGCUUAAAGAACAAGGCCGCUUGGGAAGAUCCUUUGGUAUAGUUACUAUACGUGAUCAGCCACCUUCAAACACAAUCCAAAAGAUUGUUGCUCUUAAAGAAGCCAUGGCCGAUGUGGAAAGCUAUCUCCAGAAUUUGAAUGUUUGGCUUCUGAAGAUUCGUACGAUUGUCCUAGCGGGUAAUCCUCAGGAUCCUUCUAACUAGCCGUCCCUCUUGAAUCUGGUUGCGCUUCGGACUCGUGCUCCUGUGCCCUCUUCCCAGCCCUUUAUACCUGAUAACAUUUUGAAACAGACGCUUCUCACACCUGCACCCAAAUCCAUUGUCUCUCCACUUCACACUUCAUACAACCAGAAGUUGCCAAUUGAUAACAAUGCAGCAUGGUUUCUAAUCUCUUGGCAGUCUGUAGUUAUUACUUGUGGUCAAUGAUACAUGACAUGUGGCAUACAUGCCUACCCAGACUUUCUAAAUCAUAGGCCUCAGUGGAGGGAUGCAUAACCUGAAAAUGAUUCUCGGACUAUUCUAAACCGUCCUAUUUGUGUUAAAAAUAAAUGUCAUAAGCAGCACAAAUUCAACAUGCAAAAAUAGAUGGUUAGGUUUGUCCAAUCAGUCUGGUUUUUCAGCAGUGCUCCAUCAAUUGCAAGGCCCACUAUUUGGACAUUCUAGAAUUACAUUGGCAUGUUUGUAUGGCUCAUAUACUGCCAAUGAUCUGCCACAGUUUAGUGAAUUGUGUAAACAAUCAUUGGAGUCUAGCCCUUUCAAGAUACUGCUGUUUUAGUCAAGGUUCAAGAACUCGACUCGACUCAUGUUUCGACUUGAUUCUUUUUUUUUUUUUUUUAAUUUUUUAAAUCUAUAAAUUCCAGACUACGAAAUUAAUAGAUUUUAAAACAGUUUAUAGAUUAGAAAAUGCAGGUAUCGAGUAAAAAUUGUGCGCGUGAUCUGAAUUCCAAAUAUCAGCGCCAUUGACUCCUCUGUGAUGGACCAUGCCUAAAUUUGUUGACCUGCUAGUUGAUGGUUGAGAACUGCAGCCAUGGUCCGCAUUCUCUUGAAUAAGGCCCACAAUUGGCAGUUAGUGUCUUCCAAUCUGGGACAUUCUUGGCGCAUGGUUUUUUUGGGGAUGGACAUUGGUUUGGACCACUGCACAAUGGAUCCCACUGAAAAAUGAGGCAUGAAUGGCCUUACCAGUUAUCAAGAUCAGAGAGAUGUACCGCUUUUGGAAGGGUUAGUGGCUUCCUUGGAUCAAGGUUCAGGAGAUUUGAGGGAGAGAAUGUGUUAUUAUAUACCAUCUAAAAAUGGCGAGAAACUAGCUUUAUCAAGUUUUUCGAGUCGUCUCAAACAAAUCAACCAAGUUCAUCGAGUCAGGCCCCAAUCCCAUUGUGUCAGGUUGAUUCGGCGGAGUCACAUUGAGUUUUUGAACAUUGGUUAUUUUAGUUUCCUUAACUAGCUUUAGAGUACUUAAACAAUCUGUUUAUUUUGUACUGUAUGGGGCGAUCCUU